CCGCAACCAGUCAGUCGCGAACCAAAAUGAAAAUCGAAAGUGCUGCUGUUGUGUUUUCUCGUCGUUCGUAGUUUUUGAAAUUCGUUUUUCUCCGAGUAGAUUAUCGAUCAGAGGGUAGAAUAUAGGUUGUUGAAUAAUUAAUUCAAUUACGCGGCUGUGAAGUGAGAAGCCAGAAGCAAGUCGGCGCGCGCUAUGGCCCCGACGAGGAAACCCAACGACGGCCUUCUGGCUCGGGUCAAUUUCCCACUGUACACAAUCGGAAUGCUCACCAGUCGACACGUCCUGGUCGGGGGCGGUGGCGGAGCCUCCAAAACCGGAGUGGCCAAUGGAUUCGAAAUUUUCGAAAUCUACCACGACGGCGAGAAAUACGUAGCGGAUGAGGUCAUUCGGCACGAAACGGGGCCCACGGUGGUCAUGAACUCGGCCACCAAGAACGACGAGAAGCGCACCCUGCUGGUGGCCGGCCAGGAAAGUCACUGCCAAAUGUAUCUGGUGAAUCCGAUCAUCAGUUCCUCGGACGGGGAAUACAUCGGAGGAGGGAAAACGGAAACGCUGGAUGGGCUGCGAAAGCGGAAGAAUGUUUCCUACCAGCAGACGAACGGACACGUCAAGUCGGAUGGUCAAAAUCAGUCGGAUUCUAAGAAAGGAACCGAGGAACGUACCAGGAAGGUCAUUCGAUUCGAAAUCAAAACCAGUGAUUCGGUUCAGACGGAUUUCACGGAAUCGGAACCGCUACAACGGGUUGUCCGGAUUAGCCCCCAUGGGCGCCUAAUGGCAACCGGUGGAACGGAUGGCCAUCUGCGCCUAUGGAAUUUCCCUAAGAUGACUAUGCUGUCGGACAUAUCCGCCCACACGAAAGAGAUCGAUGAUCUGGACUUCAGCCCGGACAGCAAAUACAUCGUGUCGAUAGCCAAAGACGGCCUCGGGGUCAUCUGGUCCAUCAAUCCCGAUAAGGAGUCUCGAAAGCUGACGUGGAAUCCCCCGGAGGGAACCCGCUAUCUGUUCAAGCGAUGUCGGUACGGCCUCGUCGAAGGUCACAAGGACAAGCAUCGCCUCUUCACGCUGGCCAAUCCGUUCGCCAAAUCCGGCAAAGCCAAAGGCCUCCUGCAGCAGUGGGAUCCGGAUCAAGGUCGCCUGACCCGAGUGGUGGAAAUCGAUGAAUCCCUGGCAGCCCUGGCGGUGCGGGACGACGGCCGCUUUGUGGCCGUGGGAACCAUGUUCAGUGGGUCCGUUUCGAUCUACAUUGCGUUCAGUUUGCAGCGGGUUCUGCACAUUCCCAAUGCGCAUGCGAUGUUCGUGACCGGGUUGGAGUUCCUGCCGGUGACUAACUUCGAUGGACCGGCCGUCAGUGCCAACACGGAGGCCGCCGUGCUGUCCAUCUCGGUGGACAAUCGGAUUUGCGUGCACAGUUUGCAGUAUAGACAUUCGCUUCCGGCUUGGGUGGCAAUAUUCGCAAUAGUGGCAAUUUUGUUCAUCACCUUCUGCUUCUGUUCGUACAUCGGUCUAUAAUAGCCACGUGUUGGGGGGAAGUAGCGAGCAAGAAGAAACUCAACCUAUAUAGAGAAACAAGGCAAAACUGUUUUUUUGUUUAGAAGAAUGAAAGUGUCGUAGGUUUGUCGUGAAUGUAUUAGUUUUGUACAGUUUUUUUUUGUAGGGCGAAAACAGGAUUCAGUAAUCAGGUGAUAAAGCAAAUAUCUUUAUAUUAAGUUUCACCACUGUGACUACAUUAGAACCGAGCAAAAUUAUAGCAACUACCUAUAAAUAUUAUAAUCAAAUACUAGCUCUUUUUAAGGCGCGCGAGAUGUUAAUUUAUUCUAUACGAUAAAUUGUGGUACAUAGUAGUUUGUUACAAAUUAAUAAAAGCGUAAACGCUA